AUGUCCUUACGUCGAUCCAAUAGGUCUAACAAAGGUACAAAUAAAUAUAUGGAAGCUUUAUUGAGGGAAGAGCAGGAACAACAAAACGCACAGGAUUCAUAUGUUACAGAGAAAGACGUGAAAAUAGCUAAUGAUGGCGAUGCCGAGUAUCAGAACGAAGACGUCCAGGAGAAUCAUGAUGACGAUUUCAUUGAUGACGCUGAGGAUACUGAUUUUCGCGGGACUAGAGCUAAGAAGCGUCAUCGAACAGCACCAAAUAAAACAAAUAUAGGCGUGAAAACGAAUAAACGGAUCAAAAAAGAUACGGGAACGCACGCCGACAAAGAUUUGAAACUGAGACAAAAUGCGAAGAAACUGUUCGCUGAUCUUUUCGCUAAAUUCAUAAUACCCGACACUGUGAAUGCCAACGUCUACACGUUGCAAGCUGAGACAUCUGUGGAUUUGUUGACGGAAAAGCUGUCUAGGUCUCUGGAAGAAGAACUUUAUAAUGCCUGUUUUGAUAAGGAACUGAACCAAUUGAACAGAUAUUAUGCUGAAAAAGUGAGAAUACUGUAUUCCAAUAUAAAAGAUCCAAAAAAUUUGACCCUAAAAGAUCAUAUUAUCAAUGGGAAGAUUGCUUUUGCGAACUUAGUCAGAAUGAAUACGUCUGAAUUGGCUAAUCCAGAUCUACAGCAUUUCAAAGAAGAAAUCGAUACAAAAUCGCUUAACAAGCUGAUUAUUGAACCGCCAACCGAAAAACCCAGAUGGAUAAAAACCCACAAAGGGGAAGAAUUGGUUGAAGCACAAGACGAGUUUAAACCUGAAAAUGAUAUAAUCUUUGAAAGAGAUAACAUCAUGGGCCGCGGACGUAACAGUGAAUUCAUGAAAGUAGAAGAAGAAAAGCAUGAAGGCGGCAGCGGCAUCCUUGAGGAACCAUCAGAAGAACCGUUGCUCCUAUCGCCGAAAGGUGAGGUGCAUCAACACGUCUCUGAUGACAAUAUAACAAAGGCUACAAGCCAAUCAAUGGAAGUCAUUGUUUCUUAUCCAGAAAUCAAUAAUGAGUUUGCUGGUGCUGUGAAGUAUCUAGGUUCAUCCAAAGAACUUAAGGAAAACCCUUACAUGACAGCAUUAGGUGAUGGUCGAUUAAAUGUUGAAGGUCGACUAUCUAAAGGUAGAGUAUUGAGCUACUUGAAUGAGAUGAAAUCCAUAAGAAACUUUUUACUGUUUUCAAUAAAUCCGAAUAAAAGUAAAUCACCAGUAUCAGAAGAAAACUUCAUCUCAUUACAUGAUUUUCUAAUAAAAAAUGAAAAGGUAAUAGGCAUUGAGUGCAAAAAAAAAUAUGAAAAGAACAUCUACUUAAUCCCGACAGAAUACAUUGGUCAAUCUAUUAUUAUGGGGAGCGUAAUGAGUAGUGAUCUGUCAAAAAAUGUCGUCGAAGAUAGUACAAAAUUGUUUAUGCUGAUUGUGAUCAAACCUGAACUCUUGUAA